AUGGAUCAAAAUCUGCAACGGGAAUGGUCUUUCAAUGACUUUGAGAUCGGAAAGCCACUCGGGAGAGGGAAGUUCGGCAGAGUGUAUGUCGCUAGAGAAGUCAAGACUAAAUUUGUGGUUGCAUUGAAGGUUAUAUUUAAAGAACAACUUGAAAAAUAUAAACUUCACCAUCAAUUGAGGAGAGAAGUGGAGAUCCAGAUAAGUCUUAAACAUCCAAACGUCUUGCGUCUCUAUGGUUGGUUUCAUGAUUCCGAGCGUGUUGUCUUGAUUCUUGAAUAUGCUCACAAUGGUGAGCUAUACAAGGAGCUUAACAAAAGGCAUCAUUUCUCAGAGAAGCAAGCUGCAACGUAUAUUUUAAGCCUGACAGAGGCAUUGGCAUAUUGUCAUGAGAAGCAUGUUAUUCAUAGGGAUAUCAAGCCUGAAAAUUUGUUGAUCGACCAUGAGGGUCGUCUUAAGAUUGCAGACUUUGGUUGGUCUGUCCAAUCUAAAAUGAAAAGACAAACCAUGUGUGGGACAUUGGAUUAUUUAGCUCCUGAAAUGGUAGAAAACAAAGGUCAUGAUUAUGCUGUUGAUAACUGGACUCUUGGUAUCCUUUGCUAUGAGUUCCUUUAUGGUGCUCCUCCAUUUGAGGCAGAGAGUCAAAUUGAUACCUUCCAAAGGAUAAAAAAUGUUGAUUUGAUUUUCCCUCCUAGCCCUAUUGUUUCUUCAGAUGCCAAAAACCUUAUAAGACGGCUCCUGGUAAAAGAUUCCUCAAGAAGGCUCUCACUCCAGAAGAUAAUGGAGCAUCCUUGGAUAAUCAAGAAUGCAAAUUGUAUUGGUGACUGUGCGUAG